AUGCAGGACAUUAUUGACCAUUUACCCAAAUUGCCUGAAAUCCAACAACAAAAACUCACUAUUCCUGAAUUCGACGAAAUUGAAGUGAAACCAACUGACUCAGUAGAAAUAAAGAAGUUCAUACGUAAAGUAAAUUAUGAAUUCCUUGGUUUUCAUUGCAACCAUAAGGUUAUGGACAAAGAUUGCGACAUGGUAUAUAAAAACAUUUCUGACAUAUAUAAAUCUGAGGAGUUUAAGACUUACGAUAACUUUGUUUCAUUAGUUGCUGAAUGUGUUUGGGAAAUAAGAGAUAAAGAUAGAAGAGGCAAAGUAUGGAACGAACAAAUAAGACCCGCUAUGUUUGAGAUGAAGAAAACCAUUGACGCCUUAGUUGUUUUAGCAGGUAAGGUUUCAGAAUAUAACGCAAAAAUGAACCCGCAAUGUUCAAAAUGUAAAGCAGGAAUAAGGAAAUAUAACUACUCAGUCAAAGAGAUAGAAAGAAUGAGAAACGACUAUGCAGACUUAAAGAAAGAAGCAGAAAAGCCAGCAGAAGAUAAAAUGAACAUGUUAGAAUUUCUGAACAAAAACUAUCCAACAGCAGAAGAUUUCCUUCUAUCUGACGUCAAGAAGAAGUAUAAAGAAACCUUCGGUAUCGUUAAAACUUUUGACAUACUGACAGAAGAAAUAGAAGCUACGAAAUUGUUUAGGAUUUCAAAUAUACAUCGUACAAUUCAUGUGAAACGCUUGUGA